GUGGACUUUCCGGAUACCGAUGGGGAGACGCCUCUCCACAUAUGCGCGCGCCACGGGUACGUGGCCAUGGCGAAGCGACUCCUCGACCACGGUGCCAAUAUAGAAGCCCGUGAUAACAAAGAUGCAACUCCGUUAUGGCUAGCAGCUGAACUUGGACAAGUCGAGUUCGUGAAUUUGCUUGCAUCACGUGGCGCCAACCUAGAUUCGCAGGACGAGGAGAUCGGUUUUGCGGCGAUCCAUCGCGCUGCUACAAAAGGACAGGUUGAAGUCAUCAAAGCAUUAAUCAAGCUUGGGGCUAACAUGAAUGUUCGAACCUACAGUGUUGACUUCAUGCCAAUCUACUAUGCGGUGCUAGCAAACAGUGAGGAAUCGCUGAAGGUCUUUCUCGAUCACGGGUGUUACGAUGAGGAUAUGUUGGUGUCGUGCCUCUACUGUGCCUGUAACGAAGGACACAAUAGCAUAGCGCGGUUACUCGUCCAGGCCGGCGCUGAUACCUCUGGCUACGAAUCCUCGGUGCGGUUGUUGAUGGAAGAUAUGGAGGAAGAGGAGCGAGACGACUUUUUCAAGGACACUCGAAGCAUUAAAAGGGUAAGUUGCUGCACCUACGUACAAGUGUGA